AUGGGAGCCACUAGUACCAUUUUUCGAGACUUUGCGUCAAAAGAUCGGAUCAACGAGGAUACAACUUCAGCGAUGCCUUUCGGAAGUAGGAUGUUUCUGAAGGUUCGUCAUCGCCUCGUGAAGCAACACACUCGGUACAGGGAGCCCUUGGAUCCAGGGCUAAAGUUAGCUGCCACACUACGUCACAUCGUUUCUGGUGUCAAGUACUCAGACAAGCAGUAUUCCUGGCGGGUCGCUGAGAAUACCCUCUCUGUAGUGGUCAGAGACGUGUGUCAUGUUAUAUGUGGAGAUUAUGUUGAUGAGGUUAUGACAGCCCCCUCCACACCUGAUGAAUGGAGACAACUGGCUGAUGGUUUCCUCAAGAAUUGGAACUUUCCAAAUUGCGUUGCUGCUAUUGAUGGCAAGCACAUAGCUAUCAGAAAGCCUGCCAGCUCUGGUUCCUUAUAG